GCAAAACACGAAUCGCUUUUCGCUCAUCACGACAAUGUUAUGGGUAUUGACGAUCUGCCACGAAAGCCGUUGCUGAUAUACGUACACAGUGAUAAAAGCAUUUCGGCACACUUAUUUUGCACUCAGGUGCUUUGCGAUCCUGCAAUGGUGGAUUUUAUCAAUCAGAAUUUUGUUAUGUGGCCGUGGGACGUGACGACCAGAGAAAAUAGGGAGAGGUUACACGUUUGUUUUUUUUUACAAUGA